GGUUGCUUAGCAACCAAAUCCUGACCCCUGCAAACCUGUAAAGAGGAAAUUUGUGGGCCAGCCACCUAGUUCUGCCUGUGUUAUAAGUAAGGAGGAACUGCUUAUGAGAAGAUGAAGCCCCUGUCCCUGUUAAUAGAGAUAUUGAUCAUUCUUGGGGUCAUGAUUAAAAAUAUCGAAGCAGAAAAGCAUAAUAAAAAGCAAAAGGAAAGAAGUGUCGCCACACAGGUAUCAGUUAACGAAGUCAAGCGAUUUUUAUCACAUAUAUUGGAACGAAGAAAAUUGAUUAAAGUAAUCUAUCAAAGAGAAAAUGCCUUAGGAAAAAAGAAGAUUCAACGUAAAUUAAGAAUAAGAGGAAUUCAAAAUAAAGAUCUCUCAAAAAGAAAUAAAAAUCAUUUAAGAAAGCAAGCAAAGAAAAAUUUCACAGAUGAAGGAGACCAGCUGUUUAAGAUGGGCAUCAAGAUUCUCCAGCAGUCUAAAAGCCAAAAACAAAAAGCAGAAGCCUAUGUAUUCUUUGCCAAAGCAGCUAACAUGGGAAACUUGAAAGCUAUGGAGAAAAUGGCCGAUGCUUUGCUAUUUGGAAAUUUUGGUAUGCAAAACAUAACAGCAGCUAUCCAAUUAUAUGAGUCCUUGGCUAAAGAAGGAUCAUAUAAAGCCCAAAACGCACUAGGAUUUUUGUCUUCUUAUGGAAUAGGAAUGGAAUACAAUCAAGCCAAGGCACUGAUAUAUUACACCUUUGGAAGUGCUGGAGGAAGCAUGAUGUCCCAAAUGAUUUUGGGGUACAGAUAUUUGUCAGGAAUCAAUGUUCUACAGAAUUGUGAAGUUGCCCUAAAUCAUUACAAGAAGGUAGCAGAUUACAUUGCUGACAAAUUGGAAAAAAGUGAAAGUAUUCCAGUGGAAAAAGUGAGACUGACUGAGAGACCUGAAAAUCUGAGUUCUAACAGUGAGAUUUUAGAUUGGGACAUAUACCAAUACUAUAAAUUUUUGGCAGAAAGAGGAGAUGUUCAGAUACAGGUUUCUCUUGGACAAUUACAUCUAAUUGGGAGGAAAGGUCUGGAUCAGGAUUAUUAUAAAGCAUUAUACUACUUCUUAAAGGCAGCAAAGGCUGGGAGUGCAAAUGCCAUGGCAUUUAUAGGAAAGAUGUAUUUAGAGGGGAACGCUGCAGCCCCACAAAAUAAUGCAACUGCCUUCAAAUACUUUUCCAUGGCAGCCAGUAAGGGCAAUGCAAUUGGUCUUCAUGGGCUCGGUCUUCUUUACUUUUAUGGGAAAGGAGUUCCUGUGAAUUAUGCUGAAGCACUUAAAUACUUUCAGAAAGCUGCAGAGAAAGGAUGGCCCAACGCACAGUUUCAGUUAGGCUUCAUGUACUACUCUGGCUCUGGAGUAUGGAAGGAUUAUAAACUUGCCUUCAAAUAUUUUUACUUGGCAUCUCAGAGCGGGCAGCCCCUCGCCAUUUAUUAUCUGGCCGAGAUGUACGCAACAGGAACAGGAGUGUUAAGAUCGUGCAGAACUGCUGUGGAGCUUUAUAAAGGUGUCUGUGAACUAGGCCACUGGGCUGAGAAAUUCCUGACAGCAUACUUUGCCUAUAAGGAUGGUGAUAUAGAUUCUUCUCUUGUUCAGUAUGCACUGCUUGCAGAAAUGGGGUAUGAAGUAGCUCAAAGCAAUUCAGCAUUCAUUUUGGAAUCUAAAAAGGUUAAAAUUCUUGAAAAAGAGAAGAUGUAUCCAAUGGCACUUCUCCUAUGGAAUCGAGCUGCCAUUCAAGGCAAUGCAUUCGCUAGAGUAAAAAUUGGAGAUUACCAUUACUAUGGCUACGGGACUAAGAAGGACUAUCAAACAGCAGCCACACAUUACAGCAUUGCAGCCGACAAAUACCACAGCGCUCAAGCCAUGUUUAAUCUGGCCUAUAUGUAUGAACAUGGCUUAGGUAUCGCAAAGGACAUUCACUUGGCCAGGAGAUUGUAUGAUAUGGCUGCUCAAACAAGUCCAGAUGCUCACAUACCUGUUUUCUUUGCUCUCAUGAAACUGGAAACUGUGCAUUUGCUCCAAGAUAUCCUGUUUUUUAAACAGUUUACGAUGUGUUGGAAAUGGAUGAAAUUGGACAACACCCUUGGACCAUACUGGGAUUUAUUUGUGAUUGGCCUAAUUGUUGCUGUGCUGAUCUUCUUGCUUAGAAAUCGCUAUGGGUAGAAUCUGGACCACAGGAAAACCUGCUCAUGGGAACAGUUCACUUCAAACUAUCCUUGCUAAAUAAAGAAUUUCCUCAUGAAA